AGUGCCGAAAUUGUCACCAAGAAUUCACCAAAAUUUCUCUUGAAUCACCCUCCCAUGAUAGUAUUUUUUUUCUUCCCUUUUUGGAUGUUGGAAACACCCUCCCACUUGGAAAAAUAUCAAAUAUCGCUAUUCUCCACUACUAUUAACCAUUCCACUCUUUCCAUUCAAUCGAACGGAGAAAUCACUACCCAAUCCACAUUUUCUUCUCACUCUGAAAACAAAAACAAAAACAAAAAACAAAAACCCACCUGCGUCGCUAGUCCGCUUCAUUACUGUACAUCUCGAUUCCAAUUCCUCCCCAUUUCUCUUUCCACUGCAUUCUCCUGUUAUCCAAAGGGGAAACCAGAAAAGCUACCAGCUUUUGAAGGAGAGUGUUGGAAAAGCUACCAGCUAUGCAAAUUUUCGUUCUUCUUAUCACAAAGACUAGAUAAUGUUUGGCUGUUGUUGAAAAUGGAUCUAGCAAUGCCUGCCAGAAACUGAGGGUUAUGGUGGUGUUAUUCUUUCUUAGAUAAACUAGAUUAGUCCAUGUCCAUCCCAUCAUGUUGAGCUGUGGAAGUUUGGGUGUUCCAUUUGAUAUUUGUGGGACCGGAUUAUUCGCAAAGUAAUUGGAGAUUGUGUGGUGUAUUGGGGGAACAUUUAACAUGUGUUCUUUUUUUCAAUGACGAAAUGGUUCUUCGGCGAUUUUGUAUUUCUCCCUUUUGUGCAUAAGUUCAAUUUACCACAAGGGGCUCCUCUUCGAGAAAUGCCCUAGAAUUGAAUUCCAGGUUCCCCGGACUCUACUCUCGUUAAUCUUCCAUCGGUCAAGCUGGGUUUUGAAGAUCUCUCCGAGGAAGAUGAUUGAUCAAUUCAUCAAUUUCGUCAUCCGGCCGCCCAGGGCAGAAUAUAACCCAGAUCAGUAUUUGUGGGAAACUGAUUUUACUCUUGCUGGCAGAAAAUACAAAAGACAGGACCUUGAGCUUCGGAAUCAAAGAGGACAUACCUUGCGGUGCAGUCAUUAUGUCCCUUCACCUUUCCCAGAGGACACUCCUCUCCCUUGUGUUAUAUACUGCCAUGGAAACAGUGGCUGCAGGGCAGAUGGAAAUGAGGCUGCUGUAGUUCUACUUCCAUCGAAUAUUACUGUAUUUACUCUUGAUUUUUCGGGAUCUGGUUUAUCUGAUGGAGAUUAUGUGAGCCUUGGUUGGCAUGAGAAAGAUGACCUCAAGGUUGUGGUGUCUUAUUUGAGAAGCAACAAACAAAUAUCUUGCAUUGGUCUUUGGGGUCGGUCUAUGGGUGCUGUAACUAGCCUUCUUUAUGGAGCAGAAGACCCAUCUAUAGCCGGAAUGGUGUUGGAUAGUGCUUUCUCAAACUUAUUUGAUCUCAUGAUGGAACUCGUGGAUGUCUAUAAGAUCCGACUUCCAAAAUUUACAGUGAAGGUGGCAGUACAGUAUAUGCGGCGGGUAAUUCAAAAGAAGGCGAAAUUUGAUAUCAUGGACCUUAAUUGCAUAAAGGUCGCACCCAAAACAUUCAUUCCGGCUUUAUUUGGACAUGCUAAUGAUGACAAGUUCAUUCAACCCCGGCACUCUGAUCUCAUCUUUCAAUCGUAUGCGGGUGAUAAAAACAUGAUAAAAUUUGAUGGCGAUCACAACUCUUCUAGACCACAGUUCUAUUAUGACUCCGUAUCCAUUUUCUUCUUCAACAUCCUUCAUCCCCCUCAAGUUUCUUCUGCUUAUUCAAAUAACCUUGAAAAGUAUUAUGAUUUGGGGAACUUGAAAGUCACCGCUGGUAUGGAUGAGAGUCUCCUUUAUGAGAUAAUUUCUGGUCUUCAAACUGGUGGUACUGAUGCUGCUAGUUCAUCGUCUGCUCCACCUACGAUUUCUACCACAAAAUCUGUCAUUGAGCUUCUUUCUGAUGUUGCUCCAGUUGCUGGUGUAAUUGAUGCAAUCACCAAUGUAGCCGAUACACUAGGUGGUGAUGAUCCAUCAGAACCCCAGGGUAAACCGAUUGUCCAAAAUGAGGAAUGUUGCUCGUAUACGAGCUCAAAUAGAGAGAGUUGGGGAAGAUGCUCAUCUUUGGGGAGCGAUGAUGAACCUUCAUCAGAUUGCACCGCUGCUUACAACCACCACGAGACUCUAAAGGUGCUUGCCACACCUUUUCGAAACACUCCACGUGAACGAACGGACCUAUCACAAAAGGAAGCGACAAAGAAGCAAAAGAAGAAAACUCCAACCGAUUCAAAGAAGCCCAAUCGCGAUAAGUUUGAAAAACUUGAGGCCCUUAGCCAACGUCUACGUCAUUGCAUUUUGAAGCGAGUUAACCAUCGGAGGAACCGCUCCUCGUGAUCACCUCUCUACUGUAGAGAAAUUGCUCCUUGUAACAGUAUUCUGAAAUUCUGUAGGUGUAUUGUUUCUUUUGUUCAGUGAUACUUUUAAAUCUUCCACACCUCGUUGUAUUGUUUUGCACAGUUACCCAAGUAUGCUCUCUCUCUCUCUCUCUCUC